UCCCUUUUUUCUUUUCCAAUUUUUGCUUUUAAAUUCAAAAUGCCUCCCUCUUGGACAAUAGGAGCUGGGACACUGUUGGCAGCAUUUGGUUUUCUUUGCUGCUGUAGUUUUGGCUGGUGUGAGACCUCAAGGACUAGUGGCUCGCCCUCAGGAGGGAGUAAACAGGAGCAAGGGCCCUCAUCAUUGGAACGAGUGAAGAGAGGAUGGGUCUGGAACCAGUUUUUUGUGGUGGAGGAGUACACAGGCACAGAGCCGCUAUACGUGGGAAAGAUCCAUACAGACUCUGACGAAGGUGAGGGCAACAUCAAGUACACUAUCUCUGGAGAGGGGGCGGGCACCAUCUUCAUCAUCGAUGAGCUAACAGGAGACAUCCAUGCCACAGAGAGACUGGACAGAGAAGAGAAGGCGUUCUACACACUUCGAGCUCAGGCCCGUGACCGGCUUUCCAAUGACCCUCUGGAGCCAGAGUCGGAGUUUGUCAUCAAGGUCCAAGACAUCAAUGACAGUGAGCCCAAAUUCUUGGAGGGUCCCUACAUCGGCAGAGUGGCAGAGUUGUCACCCAUAGGAACGUCCGUUAUGAAGGUCACCGCAUCAGAUGCCGAUGACCCUACAUACGGCAGCAGUGCCAGAGUGGUGUACAGUGUGCUGGAUGGAGAGAAGUUUUUCACUGUUGACAGACACACAGGGAUCAUCAUGACAGCGGUGGCAGAUUUGGACCGUGAGACACAAGACCGGUACGAGUUGGUCGUCAAGGCAACAGACAUGGCAGGACAAAUGGGCGGUCUCUCUGGCUCCACCACGGUGACCAUAGUGAUCACAGAUGUUAAUGACAACCCACCGCGCUUCCCACAGAAGAUGUACCAGUUUACUGUGUCAGAGGGGGCGGCUGUUGGGACACCAGUUGGACGUGUGAUUGCCACGGAUGCAGACAUGGGAGAGAACACAGACAUGAGCUAUCUGAUCAAAGAGGAAGGGGAGCUCUUCAAGGUCACGACAGAUGUAGAGACACAGGAAGCCGUUGUCUCUAUCAAAAAGCCGCUGGACUAUGAGAGCAAGCGCACACACAAUGUCGUGGUGGAGGCAGUAAAUAAACAUGUAGACCCUCGCUUUGUGGACCUGGGUUCCUUUCGAGACCAGACCAUUGUGCGGGUCAGCGUAUCGGACAUAGAUGAGCCACCCAUCUUUCAACCAGCAGAGGGCGCUAUCAUGGAAGUGCAGGAGGAUGCCAAAGAGGGAACCUUGGUUGGCGUCAUCACAGCCAGAGAUCCAGAUGUGAAGAAUAAACCUGUCAGGUUCUCCAUAGAUAGGAUGACAGACCAGGAGAUGAUCUUCCACAUUGAUCCUGAUUCAGGUGCUAUAAAACUGGGAAAGAAGUUGGACCGAGAGACAGCAGGCUGGCACAAUAUCACCGUGAGAGCAGCAGAAGCAGAUAACCACACCAUGGCAUCCCACUCUGCAGUGAGCAUUCGGAUUCUGGAUGUGAAUGACAAUCCUCCUGAACUCGCCACACCAUACGAAGCCUCUAUAUGCGAAGAUGCCAAACCAGGCCAGCUAAUUCACACCAUCAGCGUGGUGGAUAGAGAUGAGCCACAAACUGGACAUCGCUUCUACUUCACCCUGGCCCCCGAAGCCACAAACAAUCGACACUUCACCCUGUGGGAUAUCAAAGACAACACAGCUGGCAUCCGGACCCAGCGGUCAGGCUUUAACCGCCAUGAGCAGAAUGUGUACUUCCUGCCCAUCCUGGUGGUUGACAGCGGGCCUCCCUCCCUCAGCUCCACAGGCACACUGACCAUUCAUGUCUGCGGCUGCGACACAGAGGGUGCCAUCCAGUCCUGCAAUGCCACAGCCUAUGUAAUGAGUGCUGCUCUCAGUCCUGGGGCACUUAUAGCACUACUGGUCUGCAUGCUUAUCCUCAUAGUCCUUGUCUUGCUGAUCCUGACCCUGAAACGCCACAGGAAGGGCCAGAGGAUGGCUGAGGAUGAGGAGGACAUGAGGGAUAACGUCAUUAAGUACAAUGACGAGGGCGGAGGGGAGCAGGACACUCAAGCAUACGACAUGAGUGCCCUGAGGAACCUCUAUGACUUCCCAGAGGCCAAGAGCUGUGACUCUGGCCCUGACAUCCGCUCUCUGCCGCAGUGGAUACAGGCCAACCGUGUGGGUGUGGGUGGUGGUGCAGAGGGGGCUGCAGCAGCGGCAGCGGCAGACUUCUCCUUAUUCAAAGGCUACAUCCGAAAGAAGGUGGAGCAGGCUGACGCUGACCUGUCGGUGCCGCCGUACGACUCCUUCCAGACGUAUGCCUUCGAGGGCACUAGUUCACCAGCGCUUUCGCUAAGCUCCAUCCACACGCUGUCCACCACCUCGGAGCAGGAUUUCUCCUACCUCAGCGACUGGGGACCACGUUUCAGGCAACUGGCAGGCUACUAUGCUCCAGGAAACCCUGAAGAGGAAGGGUCCUAGCACAGCUUCUCCUCUGCAGAUAGACAUUUAAACUCCUUCCUCCUUCUUCUCUGCCUCCUCUUCUCACCCUCUGGCACUCAGAGCCAGCACUGUGUAUUCCUUAUAGACAGAGCGCCACCUCUUUAUCUCUUUGGAAGAAAAAUCCCAGUGUCAAACUUUUGAGUUUUUUUGGGGUCUUUUUACAAUCUUUUGCAAGGGUUUUCGGACUUCAUUGUGAAAGCUCUGGCGAUUAUAAGAGAAAGAGUAAAGAAAGAUAUCAAGUCACCAAAAUUGCCAUUAAGUCUGAAGGGAGGAUUUUAUUUCUCUCUCCCAAAUUAUAAAUGAGAACCUUUAUUUUGAUCUGUGACUGUUUUCAGAGUAUCAGCAUUAAGUAGGUAGGGUUAAACUAUGCCAAGGCAAACUGUCUGACAAACAAGUAUUUAUUCAAAAGGGAGGAGAUAUUUAUGUAUUUAUUUGUUUUUAUGUAUUUAUUUAUUUAUUUACACCAUGAUCACUAUGGUAACUGCAACAGUGAACUCUGCUGAAGUGCUGAAGAAAAAGUGAGGGGAGGAGGACAUUAUUAAAGAAUGAGAAUCAACAUGGAAGAAAGAAGAGACUGCAGUGGCAGGGGACUAUACACAAUACUGACAAAGAUGUGACAUCUGGGUCAUAUAAAAUUACAUUCUGGAAAAUAUUUGUAUUUAUUUUCUAUGACCACUUUUGUAAAAUAACCAACUCAAGUCAUCAAUGAAAAAGUAGGGGCGAAGGAGGGAACAGAUGGAGUGAAAGGACUGCAGAAGA